AUAAAACCCGUUUCUUUUUCUUCGAUUGUUUUUUUGAGUUCACGAAUGCCAAGGUGGUUCUGAUGGAAUCUUAUGUGAUUUGUGAGUUUGGCAACGUAAUUGUAUGUGCUCUGCAUGUUUUCUUGUGUUGUGCUGUUUGCUUUUGACUCAUCCGCGAUUCCAUUUCUGGUGAUAAAGGCAAUCAUAUAUUCACUACAGUUCAUGAAUAUUUAUGGGUAGUCACUCAUUGAUGAUUUGAGAACUUUUAGAAAAACUGGUUCAUAGGUGCUUCCAUCUAUCAAGAUUGAAAGGGGUCUUUUGAGUUUUGUUUACAUUUUUCAGUACUACCAAGCCCACCAUCUUCUGUAACCAUAAAAGAUAGCCCAGAUUUGCACACUUCAUAUUCAGGAACACAAUCCAAAAGAUGGCUUCAGCACAUUUCACUGAACCUACAACUCACUAUUGGCAAGAAAUACUGCCUGCAAAUAUUGCUCGUCCUGAAGCUCCAUGGUGAGUUUAUAUCUCCUCCCAACUCACUUAUUUUCUAACUAUUUUGAUUAUAGGAAGUACAAAUACUCGACUGUUCUUCCUGACAACCGCAUCAUCAACCUCCCAAUCAGGCCACUCCCACCAGCUUUCGAGAAUGAGUCCCCAAAAGAGGCCGUAGCUUCCUUGUUUCUCACUCAGGCUUCUCUACUAGUAGUCGAUGAGCUCGGCUCUUACCUUGGAGCAUGUGUUCGCGAAAGAUUUGGUUCUGAGGUUGAGGUGGUAAUCGGCCUUCCAACCCUAGGUUUGGGUAUUGCUGGAGGCGUUGCCAAAAGUUUCGGUCAUAGUCCGUCUGAUUCUUUGCUGUCAAUCUGAAUUCUGCUGAUAGCAGUAGCACGAUUUGUUGCACUUGGGUACUCGAAGAAAUUCUGGUACACGGAAGAGCUUUCAACUAGUCUCUCGUCUAUCACUUCGGUUGACGAAAAGAAAGUGUAUAUCGACCCCAAUCAACUACCACUCGUCAAAGGCAAGAAAGCGAUCAUAAUCGAUGAUGUUAUCAGUUCAGGUUCGUACUCAGACCUCCUAAUUGCUACUGUCAAGUAACCCCCCGGAUUUCAAGCCCGGGGUUUGUCAAGAUUUCUUUCCUUGCACAUAAUUUCUCAACUAACGUUUCUUCCUACUAGGAAAAACCGUGAACAAGAUAUGGGAUUUUCUUGCAUCGGCCGAAAUUGGUUGCAACGUGAUCGGUGCUGGUUUUGCCAUGGCACAAGGUUCACGAUGGAAGGAAUUUCUUGGUGAGGAAAGGAGCUCCAAAUUGGUUCAGGUAUUCGCCAGCCCCUUGCUUAAAGCUGUCGAGGGUGGAUGGAUUGAGCGGGAAUAAUUUGGCCUUUGGCCCUCGAUCAGUCUCAUGAUAAGAGGUUUCGCUAUAAUAGACUACAUGGAUAGAUAGUCUGAUGACCUAUCUACUUGGACUGGUUACUGUUCAUUUCAAAACAGGCGGAACAAUCUCAAAAUAGCU